AUGCCGAACCCCCCAGCCUCCCUGUUCCAGACUGGGGGGUCCUGCCCGCCCAUGGAAGCCCCCAGCCUUGGCCCUUGUGCCAGACUGUCCUGCCCGCCCCAUGCCGAAAGCCCCCAGCCUGCCUUUGGUGCCAACUGGGUCCUGCCCGCCCAUCCAGAACCCCCAGCCUGCCCUUUGUGCCAGAACUGGGGGUCCUCCCGCCCCAUGCAACGAAGCCCCCACCUAGGCCCUGUUGCCAAGACUGUGUCCUGCCCGCACCCAUGCCGAAGCCCCCAGCUGCCUGUGGUGCCGGACUGGGGGUCCUGCCUCGCCCCAUGCGAAGCCCCAGCCUGCCCUGUGUGCCAACUGGGGGUCCUGCCCGCCCCAGCCGAACCCCCACCUGGCCUUGGUGCCAGACUGGGGGUCCUGCCCGCCCCACUGCCGAACCCCAGCCUGCCCUUGGUCCAAGACUGGGGUCCUGCCCGCCCCAUGCCGAAACCCCCACGGACCCUUGUGCCAGAUGGGUCCUGCCGCCCCAUCCGAAGCCCCCAGCCUGCCCUGUGGUGCCAGACGGGCGGUCCUGCCGCCCCAUGCCGAAGCCCCCAGCCUUGGCCCUGUGUCCAGACGGGGUCGGCUGCCCGCCCCAUGCCGAGGCCCCCAGCUGGCCCUGUGGGCCAUGACGCGUGGUCCUGCACCGCCCAUGCGAACCCCCACCGGCCCUGGGAAGUCCAACGGGGUCCUGCCCGCCCCAUCCAAGCCCCCAGCCUGGCCCUGUGUGCCAGACGGUCCUGCCCGCCCUGCCAAGGGCCCCCAGCCUGGCCCGUGGCCAACGGGGGCCUGCCCCCCCAUGCGAGCCCCACCUGGCCCUUGGUGCCAUACUGGGUCCUGGCCCGCCCCAUGCCAACCCCCAGCCUGCCUGUGGUGCCAUACGGGGGUCCUGCCCGCCCCAUGCCGAACCCCCAGCCUGGCCCGUGGUGCAUACCCGGCGUCCUGCCCGCCCCAUGCCGAAGCCCCCAGCCGCCUGUGUGCCAAGGGGUCCUCCCCCCCCAUCCAACCCCCACCUGGCCCGAUGGUGCCAGACGGGUCCUGCCCGCCCCAUGCCAGCCCCCAGACCUGCCCUGUGUGCCAGACGGGGGCCGCCGCCCCAUGCGAACCCCCAGCCUUGGCCCUGUUCCAGUACGGGUCCUUUCCCCGCCCCAUGCCAAGCCCCCAGCCGCCCUGUCGGUGCCAGACGGGGGUCCUCCCCCCCAUGCCGAACCGCAGCCUGCCAUUGGCCAGGAGGGGCGGUCCUUGCCCGCCCCAUGCCGAAGCCCCCAGCCUAGCCUUGUGGUGCCAGACGGGGGUCCUGCCCGCCCAUGCGAAGCCCCCACGCCUGGCCCUGUGUGCCAGACGGGCGGGUCCUGCCGCCCAGCCGAGCCCCAGCACCUGGCCCUGUUUGUGCCAGACGGGGGUUCUGCCCACGGCCCCUUGCCGAAGCCCCCAGCCUGCCCUUGUUGGUGCCAGACGGCGGUCCUGCCGCACGCCCCAUGCCGAACCCCCCAGCCUGCCUUAGAGGCGGAAGGAGGUCCUGCCCGCCCCAUCCGAAAGCCCCCAGCCUAG